AGGUUAAAUAGUGAACUAAAAGUAUCUCUGUGUGGAGCGGAACAGUGACCCGGUAUUAUAUCUGUACUGAAGUCAGAUCCGGAUCAGAUGUGAGACCAGAUGGAACAGAUAAACUUUGAACUCUCCUCAUGUUGACAGAAAGUUACCAAGCUGGUAGCGGCUAGCAUCAGUUAGCAUCGCUCUGUUGUUCUGUUGGGUUUAGUAACCGGGUUAAACUCUCAGUUCGGUUCCGUUAUCAGCAUCGGGACUACCGGUACCGGGACCUGUAGUCCACCUUUAUUUAAAACAUCUGUUUUCAUCUGGAACUCAGUUAAAGAACAAGAUAUUAGCUCUGACCCGUUAGCCGGCUGCUAACUACUCCCUGUUAGCUACAGGCUAACGGUCACCAGGUUAACUAACAGAGCUAGGCUAACUAACCCGGGAUAACCAGAGCUAGGCUAACUAACCCGGGAUAACCAGAGCUAGGCUAACUAACCCGGGAUAACCAGAGCUCCUGAUCUGGACCAGUGCUGCUGGUUUUAAUGUGUUCACACUGAGUGUUCAACAGGUCACCUGCUGCACCAGAGUCUGUUCAUAUUUCAGUGAUUUUAAAGGACGAAGAGGUCACAUACAGUUUCUGUGGAGCAUCACACUCUCGAGGUCAACAUGCUGUUUAUGUGACGACGAGUCCACAGUGGACCGACCCCUCUGGGACCAGGUACAGUCCCCUCCUGUGACCCGCUUCUGCUACUCUCCUCUGAUUGGUCACCUGUCACCUACCUGUCAGCAUGCAGCUGAUCUAUCAGGAGCUGCCGGCUCAGCUGAGGCGGAGCUCCAAGCUCAAAAAGCUGACGGCUGUGCUGCUCGCCGCAUACGCCGUCAAAAAACUGUACCCGUAUGUCUGGAGGAUACAGAGGAGUGCAGCAGGUAAUAAGCUGGGUGGAGCUAAUCUCCCUGAGGAUGUGGUCAGCACCUCCUCUGUGGAAGACAUCGGAGAGAAGAAGAAGAAAGACAGCAGGUCUCCAUCAGUGAACAGGGAGUUCAUCCUCAGACUGGCUCGUCUGUUGAAGCUCUUGUUUCCACGGUUACUGUGUCCAGAGAUCGGCCUGCUUGCUCUGCACUCUCUGACCCUGAUGACCAGAACCUUCCUGUCCAUUUACGUUGCCGCUCUGGACGGUGUGAUCGUGAGGUGUAUCGUUCAGAAGGAUCCUCAGGCCUUCAUGAUGCAGCUCGGUAAGUGGCUCCUCGUUGCAGUUCCUGCGACCUUCAUCAACAGCGCCAUCAGGUUCCUGGAAGGUCAGCUGGCCCUCCGCUUCAGGAGCCGAUUGGUCGACCACGCCUACCAGCUGUACUUCACCAACCAGACGUACUACCGUGUCAGCAACAUGGACGGCCGUCUGUCCAAUCCUGAUCAGUCUCUCACAGAGGACAUCGUCAUGUUUUCAGCCUCCGUCGCUCAUCUCUACUCCAACCUGACCAAACCCAUCCUGGACGUGGUGGUGACCUGCUACACCCUGCUGCGCACCGCCCACUCCAAAGGAGCCAACACUACGUGGCCAUCUGUCAUCGCCGGCCUGGUCGUGGUGUUCACCGCCAAAGUCCUGCGAUCCUGCUCGCCUCGAUUUGGGAAGCUGGUUGCCGAGGAGGCGAAGAGGAAAGGAGACCUGAGGUACAUGCACUCUCGCAUCAUCGCCAACUCCGAGGAGAUCGCCUUCUAUGGGGGACACAAGAUAGAGAUGGCCCAGCUGCAGAGGAGCUACACGUCUCUGUCCUCUCAGAUCCAUCAGAUCCUGCUGAAGCGUCUCUGGUAUGUCAUGCUGGAGCAGUUCCUCAUGAAGUACGUAUGGAGCGCCUCCGGCCUGGUGAUGGUCGCCGUGCCCAUCAUCACCGCCACAGGAUACUCACAAUAUGACUCUGAGGAGGUGAAGCAGGCGGCGCUGGUGAUGAAGGAGGAGGAGCUGGUAAGUGAGAGGACGCAGGCCUUCACCACGGCCAGGAACCUCCUCAACGCCGCCGCCGACGCCGUGGAGAGGAUUAUGAGCUCAUACAAGGAGGUGACGGAGCUGGCUGGUUACACCUCCCGGGUCGGUGAGAUGUUGGAUGUGUUUGAAGAUGUGAAUAAAGGAGUGUACCGUCGCUCUGCAGACAGAGAGGAGGUGUCAGCAGAAGGAGAAGGAGCAGGAGCAGGAGGAGAUGGAGGAGCUGUGGUUCAGCAUGGUCAGAGAGUCUGUGGUCGUCUGGAGAUCAGAGGUCAGGUGAUCAGUGUGGAGAAGGGGAUUCGCUGUGAGAACCUGCCAAUCAUCACACCGACUGGAGACGUGGUGGUUUCUAGCCUCAACAUCCAGGUGGAUGAGAAGAUGAACGUGUUGAUCACAGGUCCAAAUGGCUGUGGGAAGAGUUCUCUAUUCAGGAUCCUCAGUGGACUGUGGCCCGUUUAUGGAGGAGUACUGUACCGUCCAGAACCACAGCACAUGUUCUACAUCCCACAGAGACCCUACAUGUCAGAGGGGACCCUCAGAGACCAGGUGAUCUAUCCGGACUCUGUGGAGGAGGUGGUUCAGAGAGGAGUCACAGAUUCAGAUCUGGAGGAGAUCCUUCGGACUGUCCAUCUGCUCUACAUCCUGGACAGAGAGGGAGGUUGGGAGUCGGUCAGCGACUGGAAGGACGUUCUGUCUGGAGGAGAGAAACAGAGGAUGGGGAUGGCUCGCAUGUUCUACCACCGCCCUCGCUACGCUCUGUUGGAUGAGUGUACGAGCGCCGUCAGCAUCGACGUGGAGGGAAGAAUCUUCCAGGCUGCAAAGGAUGCUGGGAUAGCCUUGCUGUCAAUCACACACAGACCCUCCCUGUGGAAGUACCACUCUCACCUGCUCCAGUUUGAUGGAGAAGGAGGAUGGAGGUUUGAACCUCUGGAUGCGUCCACACGUUUCUCACUGCAGGAGGAGAAACAGCGUCUGGAGAACCAGCUGUCUGGGAUUCCCAAGAUGCAACAGAGACUGGCAGAGCUGUGUCUCCUGCUGGGGGAGAGAGAGGGGGAGAGGGAAGAGGAGGAGGAGGAGAAAGAAGAGGAGAAAGAGGAGGAGAGAACUUCAGAUGAAGAGGAGUCUCUCUCCUAAGUUUAACUCUGAGGGCCCUAUUUCACCGAUCUACAGCGCACGGUCUAAAGUGUAUUUACGGAGGGUCCAAGUCCACUUUUGCCAGUUAAGCGGCGCAUAAUCUGGGCGUAAAGUAAGGUGCAAGAGGCAAAGGGGUCGCAAUUAGUCUCUUAAUUAAUCAUAGGUGUGUUUUAAACCAAUAGGAGUGUCAUCUCCCUUUAAAAGCCAGGUGCGCCUGCACCGGGCGCAUCACUAUUUAAAAAGGAAGAUUCAGCAAAUUGGAGAAGCCGUUUCCUGCUGAUGAAUCGAUCAUCUGCUCGUUCACUAAGUGAAAGCGUGAUGUAUGUGGUCCCAUGUGAACCCUCUGCCUCCGCCGUCUCCCAGUCCUCUGUCCCAUCAACAACUCCAUCUGACUGCAUCUGAGCAAAUGACCGAUAACCUUUUUAAAUUCAUUAUAUGAUAAUAAGCACUAGAUAAAUAUGAUAAACAUGAAAUAAUAAAUAAUGAAAACUGUAUUACUUUCCGAUGCAACGCACGGGGGGCUUGGACCGGCUGAGCAGAAUCCUCUGGAGAUGUUUUACGCAUGGGCUUUGCGCACAGGCUCGCAGCCGGGCGCUGCCGAAGAAGCGGUGCCUAGCGCGCUGAUCCAUCAUCCUCAAAACACCGCCGUUUAGGGGGAGAGGGCCCGCAAACUUUGAAGUAGCCUGCGUCUACAAUAGAGAAAAUAGAAAAUACUGCGUCAGACUUUAGACCAGGUUUUUGUCGGUCAAUGGCGCCAUCGCUUUCUGCUGCCUCAAGAUAGCAAUUCGCCAACAAAGCGCCUGACCAAACCUCAUUUUAAAACCAACAUGCCCAUGGGCGCACAGAUGGGCGCAAGUACAUUUACUACUUACACAAUGUGGGCGUCAAAAUGACAACUGUGUCGGUCUGAAACUAGCAAUGACCGUUCAUGUUCAGACCUAACCUGGUCCGGACCCGUUCAUGUUCAGACCUAACCUGGUCCGGACCCAUUCAUGUUCAGACCUAACCUGGUCCGGACCGUGUCGGAUUGAAAGCAGGUUCUCUUCAGUUUAGAGUCCGUCUGACUGAUUCAUGUAAAUGCAGCAUAAUGAAUCCAGAGCUGACGAUCAUCUGUAGAUCAGAAUAACUAUUAAUGUAAACGUCACACUGAUAAAUAAUAAAGUGUGAUAUCAUUUAGUGGACGAGAGCAGGACGGUAGAAUUAGGUGAGACCGGCAGAGAACACCGGUAACGGUACCGGUCGACAGCAUCGCCGUCCAAAGUUAAAGGAUUUUAACUUGUUGCCGUCCUCAGUGACGGAUUUUACAACCAGAUGUUACGCAGCUCCUCACAACGAGAAUAACAAUAGAACAUUAACAGAAAGCUGCAUUUUAGAUCUACAUGCAUUACUAGAAUAAUUACCUCAAAUAAUUGUAUUUAAUAUAUCACCAUAGCAACAUAUAUCAUUAUUUGUGUUUGUUUUCCGUCAGACUGUCGGUCAGAGCUGACUACAGAUCAGAAUAACUGAUCAAUGAUCGUCAGUGGAUCAAUAACAACUCAUGUUUCUACCACUGAGAGUUCUUAGCUGCUCUCAUUGAUCACUGAUCACCACAUGUGACCUACGGCCAGUACUGUACCUGUGUGAUGAAGAUUACUAUAUAUAUAUUUUUAUCUUGAAGGUAACCACGAGUUGGUGAGAUGGUGAAGGUUAGGAGAGGUCGAAUUCACCCAACAUUGAGGGCAUAAACAUUUUAGAUUUUUAUUAAAAUGAUAAAUUGGGGUGUGUGUGUGUCAACGGAGAGAAGAGAAACCAGAAUAUCGAUGACAUCACGGUGGGCAGCGAGUCUUGCCCGGUUUUGCAAGUUUUUGACAGCUUUCACAAUUUGCGGGUUACCUUCUAGACACGACCACAACAUAAUUCCCAGUCACAUGACUCGGAGGUCAGAGGUCAUGUUGACGUCAUGUGACACUUUUUAAAAUUGUGCCAAUUUUAAUCUUUUAUUGUUUUAUAUAUUAUAUAUUAGUAUUAUAAUCAAUCAGCUGAUCAAUUAAUCAAUAAAUCUGCUGCUGGAGAGUUUAAAUCAAAAACUGUAUUUUUAGAGUUUCAUAUAUUUGAAGAUGAAGAAGUUUAUAUUGAUGAUGAUGAUGCCUUGUGAUGAAGAUGAUGUCAGUAGAAAAUAAAAAAAGAUAACAAUGAUGA